UUCGCGUUUCACUUGUCUUUCACUAUGAUCCCUGGGCACUCAAUUUUCCAUUAAAGAUUUGCAAACUGGCCUUCAAAAUGUUUCACAUAUGUUUACUAAGCUGUGCCAUAACGGCCACAGCAGCUAAAAUGACCCCCUUCAUAGUAGGAGGUAACGAGGCGUCCAUAAAAGACUGGCCGUUCAUAGUGUUCAUGCAAAUGACUCGAGGUCAUAGAACCGCGUCUUGUGGGGGAUCCCUCCUUAGUUCACAGACUGUGCUGACUGCCGCUCACUGCGUGGAUGAUUUCACCAAGAAGAAGAGGAAAAAAGUCACCUUCAAUAUUUUUAUGGGUCACUCAUCGUUCUCAAAGGCGACAAUGAUGCGUACUGGAUUGGACUAUCAGUCGCACAAGGAUUAUUCUCCUACUGAUAGCACCGUACAAAAUGACAUAGCAAUCCUGUUCCUAUCGAAGCCUGUCAAAUUCGGGCCGAAAAUAAGGAAAACUGUUUUGCAACCCAGGUUUAGUGAUGCAGCAGAUAAUAAAGUGGCAGUAGCUGGUUGGGGCAAAACAGAUAUUUAUGGCCGUCGCAUCAGCAAGAAGCUAAAGGCAGUAUUCUUGAAGUCGAGCCUAUCUAAGAAAUGCAAGAAAUGGGAUGGACUCAUUUGCAUCAAAUUUUCAGAUGAAUACCCAUACACCGGUGAUUCUGGUGGUCCCAUGGUAAAUGCGAAGACCCUUCAGCAGAUUGGUAUAGUAUCUUUUCGAGAUAUGUCCACAGGAGUGAUAGCAUUCACUAGCGUGCCGUACUAUUGGGAUUGGAUUGAGAGGAACCAGCUUAAAUUGUUCAUAAAGUUUUGCGUAGGCAAAAGGAGUUAGUCUAAGGUCUGAGUGGACGCUUGGAGAGGGGCGUUAAGCGGGGCGUUAAGCGGGGCGGGUGCGCGUGCGUCAAAGAGGAUCGAGUAUUAUAGAGAGUUACUGUAAAAGUAAAAUGUGUAACCACAGUGCAUAGACUGCCAUCUCUUGACACAGGCUUAAAACUUUUGAACCUCAUUUUUGAC